UGUUAGGCAAGGCUCGGCCUUGGGCCUUGGUGCCCAGUGCCCACGCGGGCUGUGCUAUCUGGCAGCUGGUGUGUGGGUUGGGUUUUGUAUUUUUCCUGGAGUGCGCUGAAUAAGCGGCAUCCCGCUUCAGAGAAAGACACUACAUACCAACCCGGCCUCAUCCAGGGAUAGACAGGGGCUGGUGGGCACCGGUGAUAGGCCGAUAGGCCAAGUCUGGUGCAGGAACCAGGCGGAGCUGAUGGAGGCAGGGUGUGGCGAUGACGGUGCUGCCAAAACCGAGGAACGAAAAGGGCUGAAGCUUGCUGAGUGUGAGGGACUCCCUCGCGAGAUGACUGAAUCUGACGGUGUCACGGAGCACGUGUUCCAGAGGAUGGAUUUCCUGUGGAGGGCGUCGAACUGCCUUCGCCUGGUCAGCCCCGCGGUCUCCAGGAUAUACUCGGACCAGCUGCUCAAGCUCUGUGCGGAGUAUGAAGCCCGGCGGCCAGCAGGAAGCGGCCCCUUGCUCCCGGAACGAGUGUCAGACUCAUUGUGCAACUCUUGUGGAGGCAUAUUGACCCCGGGGAUAACCUGCCGCAUUCGAGUCCGGCACCGUUCGUUGGCUUCACCUAGCGUGAAGAAGGCCAAGGCUAAAACCAGGCGGGAGAAAACCAACACCAACAAGUGUCGCAACGAUGUGGUAACAACGUGCUUGACGUGCGGCGGAAUCAACUCCCGAGGAGGAACGGAGCGGCGAGCUCUCGACAAGAAACGACGCCGGAGGGGAAGCGGCAGGGGCAGGAAACAAGCCGUUAAAGACUCUGGGGAGGGAAGCGAAGCUCUGAAGGGCAAGAAGAGGAACAGGGAUGCUGCCGCCCUACGUGGGGACUAUAUCCCGCUUGGGAGGGGGAGCUUGGCAACGCCACCCACAAUCCCCUCGCGGAAAAGAGUUUCCCCAACGCCGUCAUCAAACAAGAGGGUCGGCGACAGCGAGAGCGGCAACGGUGACGGUGACAGCAGCGCUAGCAACAGCGUUCACCACAACAGGAGGGGAUCAUCUGGUGGCAGUGGCAGCGGCGGUGAUGCUAUCGGUGGUAGCGGUGAUGCGGAUGUGGGGGACGCAGGGGUCGCGCCGCCAGCGCUGAGCUUGCUCGAGAGAAUACGCCGGGACAAGAAGAAGAAGCGACGCCAUGAUGCUGCUUCUGCCACUGCAACAGCAGAGUGAACACUCGUUCUUGGGGUCGACAAUCAGCAGUAGACAGCAACGCGGUUUGAUUGUGCUUGGACGGGGGGCGCAAGGAUGUUUGUGGGGAUUAUAUCUCGUUUGCUGCAUGACGAGGUUAGGACAGGGCGACGUUCACUGGGUCGCGUGUAGUCUAAGCGUGUGCGAGCGCGGGCUCACGAAAUUUGAACUCUAACCGGAGAUCUAUCAUCGUUUUGCUCAGGAGCCUCUCGCACUUAGUUGUGGUGUGCGGGACCUCAUGUAUGUGUGAAAAGAGCCGCACGGUCAUUUUGUGCUUCCGAUUUUUUAUGCCCUCCAGCGCAUUGCUGCCUCCUCCUAUGCGAUGGUUGGGCC